GCCGCCAUUUUCAAAACAAAGUUGAGUUAUUUUUAUAAUUUUAUUCUAAAUUAAGUUGGACUAAGUAGGUAUGCCUUCAGCAGGGGACGAAAAUGUAUUUAGACUACCAGAAGUUAAGGAUGAGAAAAAAUCAAGACGUCAUUCAAUCAUAGGUUUAGGUUUUGACAUUCCAAAACUGGGAAAACGAAAAAGAAAACAAGCAGAUGAAGACAAUAUCAGCAUUCAGAGUUAUGACACAAGUAAAGCUAAGCAGAAAAAGAGCCGGAAGUCCAUGCUUAGAGUUUCUUCCAUUGCCAAUCUUUUGUCUCCUUCAAAGUCCAUCAAGCGAGAAAAUGAAUUUCAAAGAUCAAUCAGCUUUAAAGUUCCCCCAUCCCCUAUUACCAAACACAAUGUGACCCCAUACAAGGCCCCCCAGCCUUCCCCUGCAAAGCGGCGACUCAGUCGCACAUGGAGUGAGAUGAUGAGUACCACAGAGGGACAUAUCCCCUCACAGCUGUCACACAGAGACAUCAAAAGACAAGAGGCAAUAUAUGAGCUGUAUCAAGGUGAAAAUGAUCUGGUAGAAGACUUGACCAUUGUCAAAAAGACAUACCGGGAUUCCAUGGAGAAGUUACAACUAAUGACAGCUUGGGAACUAAGCCAGAUAUUUGGUCCCAUUGACAAGCUUAUUCCUAUUCAUGAAGAGCUUGCAUGUGGACUACAGAACCAGAGACUACCAGAUGGGACAACCCGAGAUGUUGGAGCUCUCCUUGUGGAUUGGGUGCAGAAACUGAAGGAAUAUGUUCCAUUUUGUGCCAAUCAGGUAUUUGGGAAAGCUAUGUUGGAUGAGAAAAAGAAUGAUCCAGCUGUUGAUGAUUUUCUACAGAGGUGCCAGGAUUCCCCAUUCAGUCGUAAACUUGACCUAUGGACUUUGUUAGAUGGUGCCAGAGGGAAGUUUAUGAAAUAUCCUUUAUUGCUAAAAGCCAUUCACAAAUAUACAUGUGACACAGACGAAGAUAAAGAAUAUCUACAAGAAUCGAUAAAGAUAUCAGAGAAAAUAAUAUCUGAGGCAGACCAUAAAACAGGAGAAGCCAAAUGUAGAUAUUUUGCAGGCAGGAUCUCCUUUCUCUAUGAGGAGGAGAAGUGUGAGGCCCUGGACAAUUCCACCAUGCUUGUCUGUAAUGGGAGUCUGAAGAACAACAAAGGCAGUAAACUUCACAUAUUCUUGUUUAACCAAGUUCUUGUUGUUACCCGUCUGGUUAAUACCAACGGUCACCAGGGAUACCAGGUAUACAGACAGCCUAUUCCUGUAGAGGAUUUAGUGAUAGAAGACCUUAAAGAUGGAGAGGUCAAAGUGGGCUCAUUUAGGAGUGCUUUUGGAUCAGGACAAACAGUAAAGAAUAUCUUCCGAGUGGGCUUUGUGGAUGGUAGCAAAGGACAAUCUCAUACACUGAUCGCUGCAGAUGAACAUGAUAAAAGGCAGUGGCUGCAGUGUCUGAACAGCAUCUUAAAAACUGUAAAGAAUCCAACCAAGGAACUGGAGCAGUACCUUGGUCAACGUCCUGAACCAGUGGGCCAGUCUUCAGAGUCUGAUGGAUUGUCCGAGACAGAGUUACAGCCCUUCCCUGACGCAGAUCUGCAGUCCUUGUCUGAGGAAGAAAGUGAUGACCUCAUUUCUGAUGGAUCACCAGGAGAGACCUCAAGAAAAAACAAAAGAAAAUCCUCAGGGAAGGAGAAUGUGAAGAUGACAAAAAGGGAUUCCUUGUCCUCUUUGUCAAGUAUUGCUUCCUCUUUGAGAAGUUCUACCUCUUCCAUGAGGAAUUCCAAAUCUUCACUCAAAAGUUCAUCUUCCUCACUGAAGAGCUCCAGUUCCUCACUGAAAUCAAAAAAGAGUUCCUCUUUAAGGAAAGCAUUUAGAAAAUCUAAUUCAGACUUGAAAUCAGGGAGCAAAAAAUAGAUUUUAUUUUCUGCUUUGGAUUGCCAUCACUGAUAUUUUCAGCAGUUCAGCAAACAUUAAUUUCAUUUUCAAAAUGAAUCUUGUGCCAUCUUGAAAGUAUUAAUGUUCUUGACUUAGAUUCCAUGAAGGAAUAAUGAAGAGGGUACAUGUUCGAAGAACUCAUGUACAAAGUACAAAUACUGAAUCUGAAGGCAGCAUCUUUAUACGUAACAUGAAGGGUUGUUCAAAUCAUGUUUACAAAAUUCUUACUUAAUAGAUCCUUGUGUUCUCAUUGGAGUAAAGUCAACAUCACAUCUUACAAAUGUGUAGUGCUAUGGAUUAUUGUAGACAUCCACAUUCUCUGUCUGUUUUGUACUGUUCUCUGUAUAUAUUGAUUGUUGUAAUAUAGUAACAGUCAUUUCUGAAAAUAUAGUAUGGAAAUUGUUAUACUUGUUCUUAAAACCCACGCACUGCAUCUUACUUAAAAAAACCUUGCUUGAAAGUUGAGAGUUUUACUUUUUUGUGGAAUUAAGUUUAAAGAUUUGUCAUGUACAUCUUAUUUGGCACCUCAGAAUGGUUUUAAUUCCAACAUGUGAUAAAUCAUAAAGUGGUGUAUUUAAAAUGAACUUUUAUGAGUCCUUAUAUUUUAUAUGCUAUUGUGUCACCAUCAUGUCCAUGUUUUAAUCAGAUAAAACCAUUUUAUGCAAACAUAUCAAAAUGUGAUACUUGAUAAAUCCAUUAUUUCUAUGAAUACUUAAUUGGCUACCUUUGCUUUAUCUAAUCUCUAGGUAAGUUUUCCUCUUUUUUUAUUUUCUUUAAUAUAUCAGACUUUUAAAUUCAUGUAGUGUAAAUAUAUGUUCACCAUCGAUGUAGAUUCAUUUUCCUGUUUUUUUUUUAAAAAAAAAUCUAUUCUUUACUUUAUGGCUGAGGACUAUUUAUCCCCUCCCACCCCCAUAAUUAUACCCCCGUUCCGAAGGAGAGGGGGGUAUACUGUUUAACCCUUGUGUGUCUGUCCGUCUGUGUGUCUGUCCAUAACAAAUUUUGGUCACAGUUUUCACAGCAACUACUCAUUACAGAUGCUUGAAAUUUUAGCACACUCUUUGUUUAGGCAUGUCAUGUGGUGGGAUUCAUUUUUGCACAAAUUUGAUGUCAACUUCCUGUUGAUCUGUGUGUCUGUCCGUACCAUACAUAAUAAAUUUUGGUCGCGGUUUUCUCAGCAACACUCAUCGCAGAUGUUUGAAAUUUUAGCACACUCUUUGUUUAGGCAUGCCAUAUGGUGGGAUCCAUUUUUGUAAAUCUGAUGUCAACUUCCUGUUUAUCUGUGCAUCUGUCCGUACCAUACAUAAUAAAUUUUGGUCGCAGUUUUCUAAGGCAACUACUCAUUGCAGAUGCUUGAAAUUUUAGCACACUCUUUGUUUAGGCAUGCCAUAUGGUGGGAAUCAUUUUUGUACGAAUCUGAUGUCCACUUCCUGUUUAUCGGUGCAUCUGUCCGUACCAUACAUAACAAAUUUGGGUGGCAGUUUUCUCAGCAACUACUCAUUGCAGAUGCUUUAAAUUUUAACACACUCUUUGUUUAGGCAUGCCAUAUGGUGGGAUUCAUUUUUGUACAAAUCUGAUGUCAAUUUCCUGAUUAUCACUGUGUCUGUCCAUAACUGAACUUGUGUAUUCACAUCAGAGCGGGGGUAUUAUUAGUGAGCAUUGGCUCACAGACUUCUUGUUUUGUGUGAUCGGUGAAAGUGUCAGUAUAUGUAAAAAGUGAGUAAUUGGAAUGCUUUCAAAUUUAACAGUGAAAAGUUUACACGUGUAAGUAUGUAUUCUGUUAUGCACGACAAUACAUUUUUUUUACCAUUUUGAUUAUCAUUCAGUGAAAAAAAUAUUCAUUUGGGGUCUUUUUUUUUCCAAAUAGCUUUUGUCAAAGUUUCUAAAAGUUAAUGAAACAUUGUUGUAAUGUAAUUUGAAU